AUGGAUGGCUUUGAUGACCAGCUUGCAAGACAGAAUGCAACUUUGGAAAGAAACUCAUCCUUCUGCUACACUCUGACGAAGAAACUCUUCCCAUUGGCCAUGAGUAAAAUUUUGAUCAAGAAAGUUUGGCGGUAUGGCGAUGAAGAUCACGUAGAAGCCAUUGAGAUAAUCGGCCACAACAUUUUCUUCCUAAGUGACCAAGACGUGGAUGUCAUGUAUGAAAGCUUGAAACUCUCCAACUCAAAAUUUUACCGUAACCUUCUACAAAUAAAAGCAUUCAACUUGAACAAGACACUCCAAGCAAUCGGCACUAAUGAUCCUGUGGUAGAGUCGUUAACAUUCGGAUCAGCUGGAGUCAUCGUUGCCAACAUUCUCACCCAGGAUCUAGUAGAUUUAGUUAUUCAAAUUUCCAAUUAUAAUCUAAAUCAAAAUAACGAAAUGAGUUCUUCUCAAAACUGCACAUUGAAACUCGAUUUAGGUAAGAAAUUUGAUUCUAAUGGGAAUUUCGUUGGGUGGGUGUCUAAUGAAACUGAGGAAAUGUUUAAGAAAAGGGAUAGUUGCUUGGCGCAACAGUAUGAUUCCUACAGGAAGACUUACCUCAAUCUACCGUUGGUAACAUUUUAUCAGGCAGACAGUCCCAACAGCACGGUGAAUGUUAAUUUCAUGGAUCCUAUCUCUAUUAAACUAGCUCUUUUGGCAUACAGCCAAUGGUUGAAAGCCAACCAAUUUGAGGAGAGACUUCCAGGGUUUGUUGGAAACAACCACAUCAAGAUUUUUUUGUAUGCUUUCUCGCAAUCGUGGUGCAACUAUCCCGAUCCUGAAGAUUCUGAUUUCAAGAACGCUUCAGCCAGAGUCAAUCUACCGCUGAUGAACUUUGAAGGGUUGGCGAAGAUCUACGGCUGUUCACCGGGCAGGAAAAUGAAUCCAGCCGAUAAGUGCUACCUCAUCGCAAACACGUUUUGA